UAGGAUAUAUAUUAAAACACCGAGAAAAAUCGGGCAAACCAAAAUCCUUUUUCCAGUGGGGAAUACUUCCUCCAUGCUCACCUUGCAUGACAUCGAAGAGGUCCGGGAGCGCUGCAACCACGCCUUAAGUUCCUCCGCAUCCCUUCUUUGUCUCGCAGCAAGAGAUUGUCUCCCUUACCUCAUGUUCUGUCAGCUUGAUCGCAUCAGUGGAGGAUUUAUCGCUGCAUUCAAUCCUCUCUCUCAGAAAGUUUUGACCCAUGUCCUAGAAGAAGCAGGGCAUGCAAAGAAUUCCUCACUUUUCCUAUCUGACUUCAUCCCUGUCAACUCUGAUUUGAAGAUGGAGGUCGAAGUUCCCAUUGAUAAGCAAAUGUCACUGGGAUACAAUUCUUUUAUUCAAUUAUCACCUCAUUUGGUUAUAUAAUUAGGUGAGAAGGCCUACAAUUGUGGAGUAUCUUUUGUGUGAUGACAUGGAGUAGUGCUCUCUGAAACGAGUUGUCAAUUCCAUUAUGGCUUUCUGAGGCCAUUUUGAUCUGUAAAGCUCAUUUGAAUGCUUUGUCCUAUUUUACUUUGCGGUAGAAUUUAAAAAAUGCAGUGUACCGAUGUGCAGUAACUGCUGCAACUUAUAUUUUCGCAUGGAGCAUGGCAAUAGUUCAACUAAUCUGAUUGUGUUUAGGAGGAGAAAAAUUAAUUGCUGUUAGUCGUUAAAUAAUACUUUUUCUGUCAAACCAGAUUUAUGGGAGAAAAUAUGAACUUUAAAUUGGACUU